AUGAGUGUAAAAACAGUUAACUUACUUUCAUGGUCCUCAACAAUAUUGCUUAUAUUUAUACUGUGUUUUGUUAAACAAGUUCAAAUCUCAAAUGCCUAUGCAUAUUGUCAAUACUAUAAACCAAAUACACCAUGGCCUUAUUUCAAAGAGUGUCCAUUUACUUGUUGUCCAAAGUCAAGAUCUAUACGAGAAAAUACAACUUGUUGUAAUCCACCAACUGAAGAAACGGCAAUAAUCACAAUAUUUGGAUAUCGCUGGUGGACUGUUUUUCUUUGUGCUUCUUGUAUUAUUAUUGCACUUAUUUUAUUAGCUAAUAUUAAUAAGCGUCUGCAUAUUUUUAAAAAUUUCAAAAACUUUAAUUCAGCUGUUAAUCCUGCAUCACCAUAUACGAUUUCUACAAAUGAUUCAAACAAUAAUGAUGUAUACAAAUUCUCUACUAAAGAUGAUACAAUUAUUUUAGAACAACAUCCGCCAUGUUAUAAAGAUGUUGCUCCAUCAGCCCAACCACCGUAUGCGUCAGUAAAUCCACCGACAAAAACAGACUUGGAAUAA